AUGAAUGCUCCGGCAGCGAAACACGUCGGCGCGAAACUACUCGGAGAGGUAGAAGAGAGUAGUUUAGAAGAGCUCCUGGAUUCUCUCCGUGUCAACAUAAUAGGCGGGGCUGCUUCUAAUAUCCGACCAGAAAUUCCAGUCCCAGCUUUAGCCAACAUCGCAACCCGGUAUCACAAAGCGACGCAAUCCUCACCACCGCCCGUUUUAUCAGUGAGCGGGCGUUACUUACCGUUGCUGUACCAUCUAAUCUCGACUCUCAUUGCCGACCCGCACAACUACACCGUAGUCAUUGUCGACGCGGAGAGUCGCUUCGACGUCACCCGUCUUAUCUCUUCCCCUAUUUCCUCAGACCCCGCCUCUCAUCAACCAAGUGGUAGCAACAGUAGUAACUAUCCGGCAAAAGUCCCGGAUCUUCGCCACGUUCAUAUAUAUCGCCCGGCACGUGGGCAAGAGGAAGUGCGAGCUGCCGUCGCGGCGGCGGACCAGUGGAUGUUAUAUGGGAACCACGGCAGCCGGGCGCGGGAGUGGUGGGGUACGGUGGUGAUUGGUGGGGGUAGCGGGGCAGGAGGAGGUAUGAGUGUGAAAGGAGAUGUGAACGCUGGCUGGAAGGGAUGGUUGAGGGUUGAACGAGAAGAGGUUUCUGGGUUCCCGGCCGGGGUUAGUGUAGAGGAGGCGCUGCAUGAUAGGGGGAAGAGGCAAGAAGUUGUCGAUGCUGCUGGGUGGGUGGCGAUGUCGAGAGUUGGGGGAUAUGUGUGGAAGGAUGUGUGA